AACAUUCAGAACGAGUUACUAGCAAAUUACUCUGUAGAGGGUGGAACUGUCAAAGUUACACUCACAGGGGGAAAGAAUAACCGGAGUUAUUUUAAAAAACAUUUUCUAUUUACCUGGCAGCGAGAGAAAGAAGUCUCAUUUACCACUGCAACUUUGUCAGCCCAAAUAUGGAAUAAAACUGCGUUUCUGCCGAAUAGAGAAUGAAGAACACAAGAAACAGCGCAGCAAUGCAAUUUAAAACUGGGAUCCUCCUGGCUUCGCUGCUCGCACUCGGCUGCAGUGGCUUACAAGACAAGAAAGUGUGUCAGGGGAUCAGCAACAAGUUGACUCGUUUGGGAACUCAUGAAGACCAUUACAACAAUCUUGUAAGGAUGUACAGAAACUGUACAGUAGUACUGGAGAAUCUGGAGAUUACCUAUGUAGAAGAAAACCGUGAUCUGUCUUUCUUAAAGACUAUCCAAGAGGUUGGUGGAUAUGUGCUGAUUGCACUCAACAAUAUAGCGAAACUCCCUCUGGAAAACCUGCAGAUAAUCAGAGGUCACACUCUGUAUGAUAACAAAUAUGCUCUGGCAGUUUUGUCCAACUAUGAUAAAAACUCUACUGUGGGGUUGACAGAACUGCCCUUGAGAAGCCUAACAGAAAUUAUCAAAGGAGGAGUGAAAUUCACCAACAACAUGUUGCUUUGUAACCUGGAUACUAUCCAGUGGAAUGAUAUUGUCGACUUCAAAGCAAACCCUGAAAUGGUUCUUCCUGCAGUGAAUAACAAGCCACAUUGUCAAAAAUGUGAUCCGAGGUGCUCCAAUGGGUCAUGCUGGGCACCAGGUCCUGACGACUGCCAAACUUUGACCAGGUUAAUCUGUGCUGAUCAGUGUUCGGGGAGGUGUAAGGGCCCAAAGCCCAGUGACUGCUGCAAUGACCACUGUGCCGCAGGCUGUACAGGACCCAGGCCAACUGACUGCCUGGCCUGCCGUGCAUUCCAGGAUGACGGGACCUGCAAGGAUGCCUGCCCUCAGCUGAUGCUGUAUGACCCCAAAACACACCAGCUGGAGGUUAAUCCAAAGGGGAAAUACAACUUCGGAGCCACUUGUGUGAAGAACUGCCCACAUAACUACGUUGUAACAGACCAUGGCUCAUGUGUGAGGACUUGUAGCUCUAAAACCUAUGAAGUGGAUGAAAAUGGGUUGCGAAAAUGCAAGAAGUGUGAAGGGCCCUGUCCAAAAGCCUGCAACGGAUUAGGCAUGGGAAACCUCAAGGAUGUCCUAUCUAUUAAUGCAACCAACAUUGAUUCCUUCAGAGACUGCACCACAAUCAAUGGUGAUGUUUCCAUCCUACCUGUAACUUUUACUGGUGAUAGAUUCACAAACACUGCUGCACUGGACCCAGCUGAACUUAAUGUGUUUAAGACAGUUAAAGAAAUCACAGGUUUUUUGCUGGUUCAGGAUUGGCCUGCAAAUCUUACUGAUCUCAGUCCUUUUGAAAAUCUAGAAAUUAUUCGUGGGAGAACAAAACAGCAUGGCACAGUUUCCCUUGCUGUGGUGAAUAUUCAGAUCAGUUUUCUGGGACUGCGUUCUUUGAAGGAGAUUAGUGAUGGAGAUGUGGUGAUAAGAAAUAACCCCAAUCUUUGUUACACUGACACAUUCCAGUGGAAUAAGCUUUUUAAGUCAGACAAAGAAGCGCAUAUUAGAGUUUCUUUAAAUGGCAAACCAGAUAAAUGUGCUGCUCAUGUUUGUGAUGAGUUGUGUACUGAUGAAGGAUGCUGGGGCCCUGGUCCCUCCAUGUGUUUUUCAUGUCAGUUUCAUAUACGGUCCCAAGAAUGUGUGGAAAAGUGUAAUGUCCUACAAGGGGACCCUAGGGAAUUUGUGGAAGGAACCAGAUGUCAUCAGUGUGAUUCAGAGUGCCAGCCACAGAAUGGGACCGAUACCUGCACUGGAACUGGCCCAGACAAGUGUACUGAGUGUGCCCAUUUCAAAGACGGCCCUCACUGCGUGCCAAAAUGUCCUGCUGGCAUCCCAGGUGAAAACAACACUAUUAUUUGGAAGUACUCAGAUGCAAGCAAGGUGUGCCAGCUGUGUCAUCUGAAUUGUACCCAAGGAUGUAAGGGACCUGGGUUGUCUGGCUGUGACCAUCAGGGAUCAAGAAUAUCUUCUAUUGCUGCUGGAGUGGUUGGUGGCCUCCUCUGUUUUGUAAUCAUAGCUCUGAUGGUGUUCAUCUUAAUGCGCAGACGUCACAUCAAGAGAAAGAGGACACUACGCAGGUUACUGCAAGAGAGAGAGCUGGUGGAGCCAUUAACUCCAAGUGGAGAAGCACCAAACCAGGCCCUGCUGCGGAUCCUCAAAGAGACAGAGUUUAAAAAAAUGAAGGUUCUUGGCUCUGGAGCUUUUGGCACAGUGUACAAGGGUCUAUGGAUUCCUGAAGGGGAAGAUGUGAAGAUUCCUGUUGCCAUCAAGGUUUUGAGAGAAGCAACCUCUCCAAAAGCCAAUAAAGAGAUCCUGGAUGAGGCCUAUGUUAUGGCCAGUGUUGACAAUCCCCAUGUUUGCCGCCUCCUGGGAAUUUGCCUGACCUCCACUGUGCAGCUGAUUACCCAGCUCAUGCCCUACGGCUGCCUGCUCGACUACGUCAAAGAGAACAAGGAUAACAUCGGCUCCCAGUACCUCCUCAACUGGUGUGUGCAGAUUGCCAAGGGGAUGAGUUACCUGGAGGAUCGGCAUUUGGUGCACCGUGACCUGGCUGCUAGAAAUGUGCUGGUGAAGACCCCGCAGCACGUAAAGAUCACUGACUUUGGGCUUGCCAAGCUACUGAAUGCAGAUGAGAAAGAAUACCAUGCAGAUGGAGGCAAAGUCCCAAUUAAAUGGAUGGCCUUGGAAUCAAUUUUACACAGGAUCUACACACAUCAGAGUGAUGUCUGGAGUUAUGGUGUGACUGUUUGGGAGUUAAUGACUUUUGGAUCAAAGCCUUACGAUGGUAUCCCAGCUAGUGAGAUUGCAGGGGUACUUGAGAAAGGGGAGCGUCUGCCCCAGCCUCCAAUCUGCACCAUUGAUGUAUACAUGAUUAUGGUCAAAUGCUGGAUGAUUGACGCAGACAGCAGACCUAGAUUUCGGGAGCUGAUUGCAGAAUUCUCUAAAAUGGCUCGGGAUCCUUCUCGCUACCUCGUCAUUCAGGGUGAUGAAAGAAUGCACUUGCCGAGCCCCUCUGACUCCAGAUUCUACCGCACCCUGAUGGACGGAGAGGACAUGGAGGAUAUUGUGGAUGCUGACGAGUAUCUUGUUCCCUACAAUGGGUUUUUCAACAGCCCAUCCACUUCCAGAACACCGCUGUUCAACUCAGUGAGUAUUACUAGCAACAUGGGAGCACCUGCCUGUGCUAACAGUAAUGGGGGAUACCCAAUAAGAGAAGACAGCUUCAUCCUUCGAUACAGCACAGACCCCACAGGCCCGCUGUCAGACGAAUGUCUGGAAAAGGAUUUUGAACCUGCGCCAGAAUAUGUGAACCAGAAUGGACGCACGUUGUCUGAUAUGAUAAACCCCAUUUACCAGGAUGUCCUCCUUCCUCGCAGCCCCACUCAGGGAGCUCAAGACUCUCACUAUCUGAAUUCUGUCAACAACACAGAGGGAAACCCAGAGUACCUGAAUACCAAUCCACCUGUUCUCCCCAGGCCAGUCUUUGACAAUCCACGCUACUGCGAUCAAAAAUUCCACCACCAAACCAGUCUGGACAAUCCUGAUUAUCAACAAGACUUUUUUCCCUUAAUAUCAAAAACAAAUGGUCAUUUUCCUGCAACUGAGAAUGUCGAAUAUUUGGGCUUAACAGUACAGCCAAAGUCCCACUAGGACGACGCUCUUUGACUGCUCUUUUAGCCUCUCUAAGAAUGGUGUUCCAAAAGAGUGUCUGUGGAGCCAAUUCGGUGGAACAACCCGAAUUGUUUUCUCAUAGAAAGGGGUGCAUUAUAAGCAAUUCUCGAAUUUAGAUAUUUUCCAGUCAUUGUGUAAGAGAGAUUACUUGUCUCAUUGAACAUUAUGGCACUGUGCUUGAACACAAACAACUUCAAGACAGAGUUUUUGUGUUUUUUGGAUUUAUCCUGCUUUAUCUGAGGUUUUCAAUUGUUCCCCUGAAAAAUUCACACACAUUACAGAUAAGAAAAUGUUAUAGAGUAUAUUCACAGCUGUAAAUAAGCUAUCAGCCUUGGGUUGUCAUCUGUGUGGGUUGCUACUUGUUUUGAAGAAAGUAUUCAUUCAUUUUAGACUUCCAAGCUUCACCACCUCACAUCAACAUGCCCUUGAUGACAAUAGAUUAAACUGUUUUUUUCCUGAUAGAGAAAUGCAAAAAGACAUUGAAAAUGGCAUUGCAUUUAACGCAGUAUUUAUUGGAGCCAAAAUGAUGCCCAGGUUUUCAUGAGUACCCAAGGACCCCUGCCUGUAUACACUGAAUGGGUAGUACCACAGAAUGGGAAGGGGAGGCGCUAGCAGGACAACAGAGAUACAGUAUGGAACUCGCUGAAAUUAACUAAGGGGACUAAAUUGCUCUUGAUCCUAAUUGUAGCCCAUACCCAGGAAAAAAAACAAGAGGAGAGAUGUCUGAUAGUGAAUGACAUGGCAGGAUACAUUUUCCAAGAUAUACUAAAGACGGGACAUGUCAUUUCCUUUUAUUGGUACUAUUCCUGCCGCAUCAGUUUUUGUUGAUGGGUGUUUUAAAUACAUACAGGGUCGUUUUAUGUGUUUUUAUUUGUAUUUUAGACCAAACAUGUCAGUUUAUUUACUCACCAGAUACAGCACAAGAACAGUUUUCUUGCAGUGAGAUGUGGACAUGAGAGCAAAAUUCAAACACAUUGCUGAUUUAGUGAAGUAUUGUAAUUGUGCUACCAACUGUGCCAAAGUAGGGCACUUCAGGACUUGAGAUGUGAACCUCUGUGAAUAGGGUGGGAAUCUAUUAUGAACUUGUAACACAUGAAAACUGCACUGCAGUCAAAUCAGAACCUUUUAAUUCCAUUUGUUCAGGACACAAACACGGGUGGUGUAAGCUUCCCAGUAUAUCUGGCUGUGAAAAAUUGUGUCUGAAGAUCCUGUAUUCACUAUUUAUUCAUAUAUCAAUUCGGAAAUUAAUAUCAUCACAAACCCCAGUUAACAAGAAAACAUACUUGUAAAUUCCAAAAUAAGCAGGUACCUUUUCACCCUAUUACCCUCAAAGCCUAGUAAAUUAGGGUGAAGGGGAACAGCAGAGAAUGGGGCAGUUUCCAUGGAAAAAGAAAAAUAAGUCUCACCUUUUUCUCACUAUUUUCGAAGUACUUUUCAGGUAGUGUGUGUUUUUCUAUGUAGUUUUUUUUAGUCAGAGAAAUUCUAGUUCCAAAUGCAAAUAACCUAAUUAAUAUUAAAAUUCGGGAGGGUAUAAUUAAAUAUUUCUGUCCAAGUUCCAAUUUUGGCUUUGUGCAACUACUGAUAUCAUGCAGCUUUCUUAAACUGGGUUUCAACAAAGGUUUUAGUUUGGGUUGAAGCACCACAAGUGCAGCUUGCCUCAUUUGGCCACCAAAAAAAUGAAAUUACGGGAAAGAAAACAAAAACCGAGAUAGCAUUACACAAACACAAAAUAAAAAUGUAAAAAAAAAUGUAAAAAAAAAAACAUUCCAUAAGAAAGCACUGUGUACUCUUCUUGUUUUAUAUUAUUUUUGUGACUGCAUAUAUAUUUAUUAUAAUCCUAAUAUUCACAUACAUAUAUAAUAUAUACAAGUUUUCUUACAGAACCGGAGCUUCAGCAAUUCUGAUCCUUAUAGUCUAUGAAUAGUCUAUAACAAUUGUAAGUCGCCCUGGAUAAGGGCGUCUGCUAAGAAAUAAAUAAUAAUAAUAAUAAUAAAUAAUAUGAACGGAGCGAAAACACCAACGCUUUAGGUUAAUGAUAUAAAAAUGAUGUAGUCAAAAUGUUUAUUACAGUACAUUUUUUAAAUACUGCUAGUACAUCUACAAUAGGCUACCCUACUCGCUCACUUCAUUUCAUAAUAUUCUUAUUAUAAUGUAAUGCAUAGGAGUACAAAUGUGACUUUUUUGUCCUUGGCAGGUACCCAUGAUAUGCUAGUGUACAGUGUAUUGCAUCUUAUAACUUAAAACAAUUGGUUGUCUAAUCACCAAACACGAAUCUGUAGUUUGCAAAGAGCUUUGUUAUUCAUUUAUUUGUAUUGCAAGGGCUGCAUUUUUUAUUUGUAGUAGCUUCAGUAUUUUUUAUAGCCUUGCUUAUAAAACAACCAAACUAUAAAGCAGUAUCAUUUUGAGUCAAAUGGCAAUAAUUUUAAACGUUGAAUAAGUGGUGUCACUGACAGUGAUGUGAACCAAUCACAUGACAGAUAGAGACUAUAUAUACUGAGCAUCAAAAGAAACUUAUCACUUAUAUUGGAGCAUCAAAAGAAACUUGGACAAAAUUUGCUAGAUGUGACUGAAAAAUGACAAACUCUUUUAGAGCAGGUGCAGUGAUUUUUUUUUUUUAUAAAUUUAGUCGUUGCCAAUUAGUUUUUAUUAUUUUCUCCCCAAUUUGAAAUGCCCAAUUAUUUUAUUAUGCUCAGCUCACCGCUACCACCCCUGUGCUGACUCGGGAGGGGCAAAGGUGAACACACGCUGUCCUCCGAAGCGUGUGCCGUCAGCCACCCGCUUCUUUACACACUGCGAACUCACCGUGCAGCCGCCUCAGAGCUACAGCGUCGUAGGACAAUGCAGCUCUGGGCAGUUUACAGGCAAGUCCGCAGGCGCCCAGCCAGACUACAGGGGUCGCUGGUGCGUGGUGAGCCGAGGACACCCUGGUCGACCUAACCCUCCCUCCCCCCGGGCGACGCUCGGCCAAUUGAGCGCCGCCACCUGGAAGCUCCCGUCCACGGUCGGCUGUGGAAUAGCCUGGACUCGAACUCGCGACGUCCAGGCUAUAGAGCGCAUCCUGCACUCUAGCGAGUGCUUUUACUGGAUGCGCCACUCGGGAGCCCCUGGUGCAGUGAUUUUUUAUUGUGCUGAUUAACAACUGACAUCACGAAGAUGCUGCAAAAUGAUCUGUCGAUCUUGGGCAGGUGUUGUGACUCUUGGUCUCCCAGUUCAUGGCCUGUCAUUGACGGAGUGUGUCUGGUUAUAUCGUCUCGCCAGGUUUUAAAUUUCUGGCAGUGAGCACGGCGAGCCACAGUACGCUGCCCUAGUCCAGCCUCCAACAUGCCGACUGCACAAAGGCUGCUCUCUUGACAGACGUGGCGUAUUGUUUUUUUCUGUGAUUUUCUUUAUUGCUUUUAUUCAAGCUUGCAAUUCAACAGCUGAAAUCACCCCAUGUCCAGUGUCCAAUCAAAUGUCUCACUAAUUAGGUGAUUAAGUGCAUAUGCUUCAGUCAUAGUCACUCAGGCGUGUUGUGGUCAAGGAUGAAUGAUCGAGUGAUUAAAAACAUUUAUAUACCUUAUUUUUUUCAAAAAUAAAUGUGUUAUAAUAGUGAUAAGUUUCUUUUGAUGCUCUUUAUAUAUAAUUACAUGGAUAGUAGCUAUAUUUACCCUUUGGCCCAUGCUAAUAAAAAGUCGUAUUGCACUUUUGUGAUGUCAAAAAGACGUAUUGCAUGGUUACCCGUGCAAUACAACUUUCUCUGUCAAUGAAGGUUAGCUCAAGCAAAUUGUCAUGUUGUCCCGUUUUCUAUUUGUUAUUAUUUAUUUCUUAGCAGACGCCCUUACCCAGGGUGACACCGAUUUUCAACAACCAGCCGACACCGAUGUUCGAAAAACUUUUAUUAGUCAACAAGAAAACGUAAACACAUCCAAGAACAACAAACAAGACUUGGCUUUGGUAAAAUCGUACCUUAAUCUUACUAGUAAUGAAAAAAGAUGGCAGUGAGAGUACAACCUGGCACUGUGUGGAAGUGGGCUGAGCUCCCUAAAAGCAAGCUGCUGUGGAAGCUUCUCUCUCUUUGCGUUGCUGUCUCCUAUUAUUAUUAUUAUUAUUAUUAUUAUUUCUUAGCAGACGCCCUUAUCCAGGGCGACUUACAAUUGUUACAAGAUAUCACAUUAUACAUUAUUUCACAUUAUACAGAUAUCACAUUAUUUUACAUACAAUUACCCAUUUAUACAGUUGGGUUUUUACUGGAGCAAUCUAGGUAAAGUACCUUGCUCAAGGGUACAACAGCAGUGUCCCCCACUGGGGAUUGAACCCACAACCCUCCGGUCAAGAGCCCUAACCACUACUCCACACUGCUGCUCCUAGCACAGGGUUUCCCAAUCCAGGUACUGGGGGACCCUGUGUCUGCUAGUUUUCAUUCCAACUGAGUUCUCAAUUACUUAAUUGAACAGUAAAUUGAACUUUUCUUUAGCUUAAUUAGAUUAAUUGUUUUCAGCUUUUAAACAGUUGGAGAUUUCUAGUUAACUGUCCAAUUGUAUAAGUAACUUGAAAUCUGCAACUUUUUAGGAGCUGAGAACAAUUAAAAAGGUCUAAUUAGCACAUUAUUAGUUCAAUUACAUAAUUAAGUACUUGAGUAAGUAAUUGAGAACUCAGUUGGAAUGAAAUCCAGCAGACACAGGGGUCCCCCAGGACCAGGAUUGAGAACCCUGUCCUACCAACAUUGCUGUGGGGCGGAGGCUUUCUUCAGAGGCUCUGAUCAGACUGUGAAACUGGGGAUCGCGUAAAUCAAGUAAAGAGCUACAUUUUCUUGCACGUGCAUGGUAUUUUCUUUAUAGACCCGGUAGGUGGCAUAUUUUAAAGAUUACAACGAUACUAUUCUGAAUUCAACAUUUGUUAUUGUGUUUAUACAUUAUGAAAGGAUGGCGUGAGUAGCCUAUGAACUGCGGUUUAUGGUGUCACAUAAACCCUUGAAUUAAUAUUUACUCGCAAUGCACGGCAGCCCAUAGAUUAUUCAUAUAUACAGUACAUACAUGAGAAUAUAUUAUCACACAAUAUGUCUCGAGUUGGUUACCAGCCCAAAACCAGCAAGAGACUUGUUCGAUAAUAUUUUUGUUGUGCAAUAAUAUUUUCUGACCCAUAUGUUAUUUUAUAUAUUAUAUGUUUCUUAAAGCAUACAAAAGUCAAUAUCAUUCUCUUGAUUUUUUUAAAAACAAUCUCCUUAAAUUCUUCUGUUAUUUGUCUGAACUUCAUUGUUUCUGAGUUCUCUUCAUUUUUUGUUGAAUGUGUCUUUAUUUUGAAUUUUGAUAUACUGUGCUUGUUGUAGCAAGAGUGAUAAUGGCAGGAGUUUUCUUUUUAAAUUAAGAAAUAAAUCCAGUAUUUGUUUUUUGGGACUUUAUCUUGAACCUCUUAUAAAAAUUGUAGCACUUUCAGUUUCCUGAAUUCAGCAUUUAGGUUACUUGUCAGGGAAAUAAAUGCAUUCAGAGACGGAAACCAUUCAAGAAAAGAGUGGGAAGCUGCUUAUGAAAUUUAACAAGUAGAUUGUGGACAAUCAGUCGCUUAAAGUGGAAUGGAAAAUACAUCAUUGCUCUGUGUAGCUAAACACUUGACACCUAUCUAGGAACUGGUACAACGUUUCAGUGGGGGAUCAUUCUUGCACAUGAUUUCAGCAGGGAAAAAGUAGGCCUAAUACAGUAUAAGGAGAAGUUAGAGCAGAAUAGACAGGAACAAGACCAGGAGUAGGCAUCAAUGGCAUUAAGUACUAUAGUGGGCAUUUCUUGUCAGAAGCCUCUUUUUUGUCAGCUUAAAAAAUCUUUGUGAACUUUGUUGGAAAAUGUCUGUUCCUCAGAACAAAAUAUUUUGCUAUUUUCUUCUGCAAGAUAUUAUACAUCUAACACUGUGACUGUCCCUUUUCAUUUCCAACACCAACAUAUUUUAGACUGGUUUCCCAUCGUCAUUUUAAACUUAGACUUCAGAUUUGAUUUUAAUAUUUUGGGAACGGAAUUUUUUUGUUUACAGUAAAUCCUGUACAAUCCUGUGUCAUUUGGGACCGGAAAAUUGUGCCAGAUUAGACAGCGUGCUGGACUAUAGUAUAAAAAAUCAAAUACUGUACCUAACAAAAGGUGAAAUGACAAACUAUUUGAACGCUUCAAAAAACAAAAACGUUAUUGCUGUACAUACACAAUAUAAUAAACGCAAUAAUGCCUCAACAAAAUAUUUAAUCUGUUAUUAUCACAAGCCUGUUUAAUUCACUCCCAUAGAAAGACAUUCACUUGUUCAUACUGUACCUGCAUGCGCUGCACAGUCAGAUUUACAUAGAUUUUAGGCAAAAGAGACUUAAAAAUCAUGCCGGCUUUCAUAAUAGACAGGUACCGGGUUGUAGAGGGUAUCAUACCAUUAAUUUUUACUGUAGUUUUAAACAAAAAAAAAAUGGAAUUGUGGUUUGAGAAAUGUACUACACUAGAUAAAACAAAAUGAAAGAGUUAAACCUUAAAUAAAACAUUAUGUAGAUAAUUGGGUAUCUAAAAUGCAUUGUUCCUAUGGUUCUUAAUUGUGGUUCUUUGUUAUACUCCCAGAAGAAAAUACAGACCAUUACGUUAAAUAUGUAUGAUUUAUUAAUGCAUAUUAACCAAAAUAUGCUCAUUCAGUGACAAGAGGGACUUGGCUAGAUUUAGUUAUGGGCUGAUACUUCUGAUUUCGUCUACCUCACAGCAAUCCCACAUCUCCUGAGAAAUUGUUAAUUUCAGGCUGUAACUCUAGUGUCAUAGUCUUCACUAUUAAUCAUUAGAAUAUUGGCAAGCAUGGCCACAAUUUGCUACUCCUGUGCAGUAUGCUUUAAAGUAAUUCAAAGAUAUUCAAUGACUACCUAUCUGGACAUUUUAAUAAUCCGACAGAGUUAUGGGGUCAUUUAGACCAAAGGAUUUGGUUGUAUUACAGUCCUGCAAGUCACAAGUUCGUAAUUGAUAUUACAUGAAAUUCAUGUUUGUCAGCCAUGGUACAUUUACUGGGAAAUAAUGAGUUGACAUCACAAAUAUCUGAUUUAAAACAAACUAGUGUAUAUCAAAUCCCAUACGCAAUUCUGAAAUCUAAUUCUUUCCUCUUGCAAGGUCUAACUUGAGUUAAUAUGGAUGUGCUAAAGUUCAAUUUAAGUUUCUGUUAGAAAAAAGUAUUGCUUACUUGAACCUCAGCCUCUUAGGAAUGUCUUUUCUGAAAAGCAUGUUGAGCAACUUGCAGCAAUUAAAUUAGUUUUUAGCAACUUAUUGAUGAAAUGCAAAAGCACUGUUUUGUAAAUACAAUAUAUGAAAAGCUGUCUUUUUUAAAUGUUUAUUGGUCCUGAAAAAUUGUUUGUAUAUGGAGUGCAGUAUAAUGAUAGGUAAUUAUAUGCUAUGUAAACACUGAAAUAUUUGGAAUUGUAUGAUAUGCAAUGACUAUAUGAAUGUCAAUAAGGUUGUAAUGUAAAAUAUUCAUCCGAUGGCUUUGGAAAGGUAUUCAAAAAUUGUGAGCCAUCCUUGCUAGUUUUAGUAAAGCUAUGUUUUAAAAGAAAAAAAAAAGAAAAUGUGUUUAUAAAAAAAGUAAGACUUUAGCAAUACGUCACUGGCAGCACCUUUCCAUUCAUUUCCUUGAGUAUGCUGCACUUACAAGUCAAUUUCUUUGAGAAUCUAUUAGCUUUACUGUUUCACUGCCACCUUCAAGAUAUUGUACUGUUGCAUGUUGUAUAACUUUAAUAAAAAUUGUGUACAAUCUA